CCCGUCUCGGACCAGCUCGGAGACGGCAGGCCCUCGUCUGCUGCUGCCGGACGGGACUUCCAGUUCGGCAUCAUGUUUGAUGCUGGGAGCACUGGGACCAGAAUCCACAUCUUCAGCUUCCAGAUGGAGAACAGAGGAAGUGCACGUGAACGGUGGUUGGCCUGUUCGCCUCAGAGUUAGCUGGCCAAUGACCCUCGGUUGUGAGCGAGUCCAACCUCUGUACUGGGCCGACCCAGACCAAGAAGAUAAAUGUGAACUGCGACCGGAUGUCCGGGCUCCUUCGGACUGAGAUCCUGCGAGAGCUCCGUUACUCCGAGCCCAGCGCUGCCACACUUUAGCUGUGACCUAAAUAAAGUGUACUUCUGUGAACUGAAGGUCUCUCUGGUCAGUUCUUGGGUUCCAGUUAAAGAACCGGGCUGACAGAGACAUCAGACGGGCGUGUUGAUGUUUUGUGGACGCUCGCUCAGUGUUACUUCACUGGACCGAGUUAGCGCAUGCACUUUUCACCUCCCGUCUGUGGAACAAAUCAGCUGAAGUCAUAUUUCAGAUCCAGGAGGCUGGAUCAGAUAUUUGGAAGUUAAACCUUUAUAAUCGAUGCUAAAUGGAUUCAUAUGGAGCCUUUCAGAUUAAACGAGGCUCCCAAACUGGCCCAUGAGACGUUCAGGGCCAUCAAACCUGGACUGUCUGCAUAUGCUGAUGAUCCAGAGAAGUGUACUGCAGGAAUCUCGGAGCUUCUGGAGUUGGCAAAGUCCAGCAUCCCUCGGUCCAUGUGGUCCGUCACCCCUGUGGUCCUGAAGGCCACCGCCGGCCUCCGCCUGCUGCCUGGAGAGAAGGCCACAGACCUGCUGGACAGGGUGAGGGCGCUGUUUCUGGAGUCUCCAUUCCUCUCCAGAGACGACAGCGUGUCCAUCAUGGACGGCACUGAUGAAGGGAUUUCAGCCUGGAUCACCAUCAACUUCCUCACUGGUGAUCUUCAUCGUUCCGGGUCACCCACAGUGGGGAUGUUGGAUUUGGGGGGCGGAUCCACUCAGAUCACCUUCAGUCCUCAGGAUGAGAAAACCAUCCAGACCUCACCCAUCGACUCCAUCAGGUCUUUCCAGGUGUUCAACAACACACACACGGUCUACACUCACAGUUAUCUGGGUCUCGGUCUGAUGUCGGCUCGACUUGCCGUCUUAGGAGGCGUCGACGCCUCGCCCCUAGGGGGCAGCACAGAGCUCGUCAGCCCCUGCCUGGCUCCGGAGUACUCGGGCAGGUGGGAGCACGCUGAUGUUGUCUACACUGUGAGGGGUCAGAAGGCAGGGGAGCCGGCGUACGAGGCGUGUCUGAGCAGAGUGGAGAAGCUCCUGUACAGGAAGGUGCUGAAGGCGUCUGAAGCAGCAGACGUGGACUUCUACGCCUUCUCCUUCUACUACGACCGAGCCGUCGACCUCGGAGUCAUCGAUGAGCAGAGGGGAGGGGCCAUUCUGGUGUCAGAUUACAUCCUCGCAGCUAAAAGAGUUUGCAGCAGUCUGUCUGUCAGUCCCCUGCAGAGUCCGUUCUUCUGUCUGGACCUGGUCUACAUCUCCGUCCUGUUGCAGGAGCUCGGAUUCCCGCCACACAAACAGCUGAAGCUGGCCAGGACCAUCAACCAGGUGGAAACCAGUUGGGCUCUGGGAGCAACUUUUCACUACAUUGAGUCCCUGAAGAGACACUGAAGCUUUUAUUGUGAAAAACUUGAUGACACAAACAUCCUGAAUGUUCUGAGGAGGUCCUGGACCUCCUGAAGACCUCAUACACCCCAAACCCUGACCUUCACACAGACCUGUCAGUAUGAUGUCAUGUCUGACCGGCCAAUCGGACGCUCCGCUGGUCCUCCAGCUUCCCACGCCGCACUUUGCUUCAUACUUGAGCUCUGACGGACGAGUAGCGUUUGUUUUUCUGAACAAAGUGACCUCACAGAAACACUCGACCUCAGAAAGCGACAGCAGUGAAGCCUCCAGUCUUCACAUCCUUGAUUGCUUUCUUCUACUUUGUUAAAAAGGCUUUAAACUUUUUAUACAGAAUCUAUUUGUACUGAUAUUGAAUGUUUGUUUGAGAUUUCUGUCGAGGAAAAUCCUCAAACGCACCCAGAGAAACACCAGCAGAUGUUUGUAAGUGACUCGUCUGAGUCGCUCCUGAGCAGCCAGGUGAAGGCUCAGGUGUCAUUCAUUCACCUGUUCCCUCCUGCCUUCACUGAGCAUCUGUUUCCUCCUGAAGAGAACCAGUUGGUCAGACUCCAGAUUCAACCAAAUCCAGUUCUAAACGUGUGACCAAAACAUCUUUCAGGUCUCAUUUACACCCCUACAGAUUUCCUUUCAGCCUUUGUAGUCUGAGUGAACGUUUCUGAACUGCCAGUCAAAAUAAAGACUGUCGGUCCUUUGAA